CAGCGGUAUGCAUCAAAACUUGGUAGACAUUAUCUCCCUGAUCCUCUUCCAUCCGGUCAUCCAAAUGACCGAAGAGUGUCCAGUUUCUCUACCUGAGAGUAUCUGCGCUGGAUAUAGGCUCCCCUUCACUUGUGCCACGUAUUCUCUUCGCUGUCACUGGAAUGAGGCUGGUAACAAUGCUCGACUUUCCCGUUGCUCUCCGUUUGAAGUUUUACUCGAUUUGUUGAGCACACAUGCACCUGAUCAGAAUACAAUGGCCGUACAGAACUUGUUGUGCUCCUGGCUGAUGGACCUGUUGGUUGACACGCAAGGCCCUCUGGCAUAUUGCUUACUGGAACCAAGUGCGGCAGUAGGCCAGACGGACAGUCAUCGCUUGGCUUCCUCAAAGCACUACCUGGUCAACCGUCGGCUACCACAGCUCAUAUAUAGCUUGACAGAGCGCCUGCGUGUACUGAACGUAUCAUCCAAUGGAGUCUGGCCCAUGCGGGGGCCCAUGUGGGAUUCUUCUCUAUCGGAUGCACCUAAUCAGACAUGCCCUGUCAAACCGGUGGAGUUUUUGAACCUAUGUCUGCAAUGGGUUCAGAAUUCUCUGAAGAGCUUCCUUGGGGCGCCAUUCUCGGAUCUGGUUCGUCUUUGUCUGGUACUUGGUGUUUUGUCCAAUGUGACUUCACCAUCACUAUGGCAUGCAAAGUUUGACGGAUCUUCGUUAUUGGUACUCUUGCAUCUCACAACCACAAUUCUGGCACAGUUCGAUUCCGGACGUGAGGAGUCCAGCGAUUCUUUUAUUGGAAUGGGUCCGCUGCGGUUAAUGCUGACUACUGUUGCCAACAUUGUAUAUCGAAUUUCAGCAAAUCGGUCCCUGCUGAAUGCGGUGUUGUCAAAGGACGAGUUUACUGUGCGGUCCCUUAUCGGUGCACAGUCAUCUCAGCCAUUGCAGUGGCCUCGAUCCGAUUGGCUUUUACGAUGUAUAGUUUACCGUUCUGUCGAGAUCCGAGCAUUGGGUCUCUGUAUCCUCAGUCGUAUUUGUCUAAUCCCAGAUUGGGCCCGAGAAUUCACAUCAUUCGAACCGUCAGUAGACACAAAAACUCUGCUUGCCACCCGAUCUCGGACACUUCCACCUUCGGGUGGUCGGCUUUGGUGCAUUGGAAUAUCCACCUUGUUCGAUCAGAAAGAAGCUUGUUCUUGUUAUGCACACGCUGUGGACAUGCUGACAAACCUCACGAGUUUACCCAUUGAUUCCAGUAGGUCGGGAAUUUUUGUUCUUCCGUCGGUUGAGAGCACUUAUCGUUCGGUACCUCAAGCGCCCAGCCUGCAAACUCGUAUCACCUCAAGCGGUCGACCAUUAUCAUCCGAGGAACGUGCGUCCACUGAUACAGAGGCUUUGAAUCAGUCUCCUUCUGCACCCGGUGCCAAUAGUGCGAUAUCUGCUGGUGACAGACCCACAUUGACCACCAGUACGCAAGUGGAAGAGGAUUCCGAAGUUUUGGAUUUGCGUGAUUUGUUCAAUUCCGAACUGGACUCGAAUGAAUUGCGGCAUAACUUUGCGGAGCUUUUAGGUUAUCUUCGGCCUUGGUUCAGUGAACUGUUCGUUGAAGGUGGUGUUCAACCGUUAAACACGGUAACAACGACAACAAGCCAACCUUUGCUAAUUCACACCUCUGAAGUACCACGUGAUACAAUGCUGCCGUGCUUUUCCGACCAAUAUAGUGGGGAAUUCACGCACACUACUACACAGAUCGCUGGCGCAACUAAUCAGCAAUGCCCGAAUCGGGUUCUCACUGAAACGGCACACAGUGAAACCGCUGGUUCUCACUCAGCUACCAGUGAAUCCUUGUGCACCCCGCUCUUGGUCGGUUCAAUCUGUCAACUGUUGACUAACCUCAUGCACCAUUUGCCGCAUAUCAUAUCCACUGAACUGACUCGGUACCGAAUCCAUUCUCUACUGAUGAAUAUCGUGGAUCCGAGUCUCUUGGAAGUCCUGCUGAAGACAACUCCGCACACAAAAAGGCCCCAGUUAACCAGUAACAACCGCAUCGAUAUCCUACAUGAUCCUUCUAAUCCAUGGUCUACCGGCAUCAUCCAUCUGUCAUCUGCUUUCGCCGCCUGCAUUCGGGUUUUAAGAUGUGAAGCUUCUAUGAAUAAAGCUAUGUGCGCACAACUGGGUUCAGACGCACGAUUUUUGGCCAGACUGAUCCGAAGUGUAAAACAUACUGGUCUCUUAGAAGUCCUGCUGAAGACAACUCCGCACACAAAAAGGCCCCAGUUAACCAGUAACAACCGCAUCGAUAUCCUACAUGAUCCUUCUAAUCCAUGGUCUACCGGCAUCAUCCAUCUGUCAUCUGCUUUCGCCGCCUGCAUUCGGGUUUUAAGAUGUGAAGCUUCUAUGAAUAAAGCUAUGUGCGCACAACUGGGUUCAGACGCACGAUUUUUGGCCAGACUGAUCCGAAGUGUAAAACAUACUGAAUGUGCAGAAUUUCUGUUUCCACUAUGGCAAGAAAUUUUCAUCCUGUUGACUUGCAUUCUCAUGACAUCUGAAGAAGACGAGAAAAGUACGAAUAUUUUGGCGCGUCUCAUUCUCCGACCGCUGUCCGCUUACGUUGAUUCGUGGUUGGAUAUCAUCCUUGCAAUGGUUGACCAUGCGGAGACAGAACUGAAGUCAUCUGUCCAAAAUAGUUCAGUGUUCUGCCGACGUGCACGUGCUGCACUCUGUUUUCUCAUCGUGAGUCUUUCAAAAUAUCGACCACUCUCAUCUAAUCCGAUUAUAUGCGCAUUGGAUGCUGGACCUGAGGCUAGAGCUUCCCUCUCCAAACUUAUGCACAGACUUGUUUCUCUGGUCACAUCGGAUUUCGUCUCCACCGAUCAGAUUAGCAAUUCUUCCGUACAGCACCCAUUUUCUCUGCUAGUCAGCUCCAAACUCCCAAGCCCUGUGAUCAACUAUCGGCGAACGCUUCUCACCGCACUACGAACUUUGCUUGGAGUGUGCCGGUCAGCGAAAGAAAUAGCUUUAGAAGAAGGAUUGCUGGAAGAACUCGUCAUCAACAUACAACUACUACAAGCAAAGUUAGACCUUUGUUGCAUCGCGGCCAGUUCCAGUUCAACUGAUGUUCGUCGCCCUGGUAGCGCUCGCAACCAGACUAAUUCGGACCUACGGCAAGCCACGUUGACUUGGACCAGUCUGACGGAAGAGCUCAUAGCGAAUUUCGAGAUUGUGCACAAUUUAGUUUAUGUCCAUCCCGAGGCCAAAAAGCGCGCAAUUGAUGUUGGUUUCCCGCAGUUGGCUUAUCAGCUCUGGCCGCUCGGGCUUCAAGAUAACCGAAUCCUGCACGCACUUCUCGGCCUUCUUACUAAUCUCACAGCAGACUAUCCGUAUGGAGCUUCUGCUUUGGCUAAAGGAAUGAAUGUGGUUCAAGCGGCUACGUUACACGGAUUACUUACACCCAGUGUGAAACGAGAGGUAGAAAACACAUCACGAACUGGUCGGAGAGUGAAAUCAGGAACUGUGCCUAGCACAGGUCGAAGUGAACAAUCUAACGCCACAUCGGAUAGCUCAAGUUCAUCCUUGAGCGGUUGUUCACUGGUUCAGCUGUUAUGUCAGUUGCUUCCUACCUGUGACAAGUUUGCCCUCACAACGAGUAGUCGUACCGGUUCCAAUGCGAAUCUGCCGGCUACAGCCCGAUCUCUUGCACGCUCUGAUAUCAGCAAUGAUGUGCCAAUGCUGAACGAGGAAGUUACUUCCCGACUUGUCUAUCAGUUACUGGCUAAUUUGGUCUGGUCGACUGAAGCACGAUCUGUUUUGAUCAAGACAAAGGUGCUCCAUCGGUGCGCUGUAUUAGAACCUCGAAUCCUGUCGAAGUCGAGACGUGGACAGUUCAUGCUUUCCUUAUGGCUUCAGCUGCUGCUUAACCUGUCGUUUACCGCUGAUGGUCAACAAGUGCUGUGUAGCCAACCACACACACAAACAAUCGAGUGCGCCAAAGGACUACUGCUUCGUUCGGAAGAGGAUCCACAUAGAGUGCGCCUGGUCACACUGGCCGUAAGUGCACUUCAAGCCCUCGCUCACGGGAAUGAAAAGGCCCGCGCUAUGAUCCGUUCCGGUGGUUUCCUUCAUUACUUAACACAGCUGUGGACUCGGUGCCAAACGUUGGCUGAAUUUUCGGAGGUUAUACCGAAGGUGCAAGCCUUGUUGGCCCAACUUCAGACGUAGUACUCAUCCCGAAAACCAUGACCACUUGUACAUUCCAUUUGUCCUCGUUGGACGCGUU